CUGUGAGAUGCAUGUUUUCUUGCCACAUUCUCUCACCAUUCCCUCCAUAUCCAAACCUAUCAUGGAUUUCUCUAAAGUGUCUAUUCUCUUCUCAACCAUAGUCUUGUACAUGCUACACUCGGCGAACGAUGCUCGAGUAUUAGACGAGCGCGUCCCGCUACUCUCCUUCAUGUCCGGGAUCACCAGCGACCCCGGACAUGCCCUAGCAAAUUGGAACGCCUCCGGCCUACCCCUCUGCGAAUGGUCGGGGGUCGGGUGCGACAUGACCAAAAACAGAGUUGUGGAGCUCAACCUAAGCCACAAGUCUCUUCGGGGCACCAUCUCCCCGGCCCUCUUCGCCCUCUCCCAGCUUGAGAUCCUAGACCUCUCCGGCAACUUCCUCCACGGGCAGAUCCCGCCUGAAAUAGGCUCCCUCGACCGCCUCAAAGAGCUCAGCCUCUCAUCCAAUUCCCUCCGAGGAAACAUCCCUUUCCAAGUGGGAUCAUUAAACCAACUAGUUUACCUCAAUCUCGGCAGCAACAAACUAGAUGGUGAAAUCCCUGCAUCACUCUUCUGCAACGCCUCGUCUUCGCUACAAUACCUCGACCUCUCCAACAACUCCCUCAAUGGCGAACUCCCUAAAUGCGCGCUCUCUGAACUCAAGUAUCUUCUACUUUGGUCGAAUGGCCUAGUCGGAGAAAUCCCCCCAUCGCUAUCAAACUCAACGAAACUCGAGUGGCUCGACUUGGAGUCGAACCACUUUGAGGGCGAGCUUCCAACCACAAUCUUAAGCAGAAUGCCACAUUUGAAAUACCUCUACUUAUCAUACAACCAUUUCUCCAGCCACGACAGAAACACCAACCUCGCGCCCUUUUUCACGUCUCUCAACAACUCCUCCCCCAACUUGCAAGAGCUCGACCUGGCCGGGAACCACCUCGGAGGCGCUCUGCCUCCUAUCAUCGGCAACCUCUCUGCUCUUGUCCAGAUCAACCUCGAUACGAACUUCAUCCACGGUGAAAUCCCCCCUCAGAUAUCCAACCUCGUCAACCUUACCCUGCUCAACCUCUCGAGCAACCUCAUGAACGGGACCAUCCCAUCCGAGCUAAGCCAGAUGGCGAAGCUAGAGCGCCUCUACUUGUCGAACAACUCCCUCUCCGGCCACAUCCCGGCCUCCCUAGGCAACAUGCCGCAUUUGGGACUGCUUGACCUCUCCAAAAACAAGCUGCAAGGCUCAAUCCCGGGGAGCUUUGCCAAUCUGAUACAGCUCAGAAGGCUUCUCCUCUACGAAAACGAGCUGACCGGCUACAUUCCAUCCAGCCUCGGAAAAUGUAUCAACUUGGAGAUUCUCGAUCUCUCCCGCAACAGAAUAUCCGGGACGAUCCCAGCUGAGGUUGCCGGUUUAAGCAGUUUGAAGCUGUAUUUGAACCUCUCUAGCAACAUGCUAACCGGCCACAUCCCUUUGGAGCUGAGCAAAAUGGACAUGGUGCUCGCCAUUGAUGUGUCAAACAAUAACUUGUCGGGCGCUCUGCCUUCGCAGUUGGGGAGCUGCAUCGCUCUGGAGACCCUCAACGUGUCUCACAACGCGCUGGAGGGGCAGUUUCCCGGGGCUAUAGGCAGCCUGCCUUAUCUCCGGGAAAUCGACGUGUCCUUCAAUCGCCUGAACGGGGAGAUACCGGAGUCCCUGCAGGCCUCUGCUUCACUGAAGCUGCUCAACUUCUCCUACAACAGCUUCCGUGGGAAUGUGACGAGUAAGGGCUCGUUCGCGUCGCUCACGGUUGAAUCCUUCCUUGGCAAUGAAAAGCUCUGCGGCUCGAUCGAGGGGAUGAGAAGCUGCCGCCGGAAACGAGCUCGCCAUUUCUUGAUGGCGAUUUUACUCUCCCUGUUAAUCACUCCCAUUUUCUGCGUCGUCGGAUUUCCGCUACUAAUGAGAAGGAAACUGCAACUGCCGGUGAUCAGUGCCAAGGCGGCGGCGGUCAUGGAUGAGGAGGAAGCUAGAGAAGAGAUCAAGUAUCCGAGAAUUUCUCGCCGGAAACUGGGUGAAGCAACGGGCGGAUUCAGCAGCUCCAGCCUCAUCGGGUCGGGCAGGUUCGGGCAGGUAUACAAAGGCAUUCUUGAAGACAACACGAGGAUCGCGGUCAAGGUUCUGAACCCGAAAACGGCGGGGGAGAUGAGGGGCAGCUUCAAGAGGGAGUGCCAGGUUCUGAAAAGAACCAGGCACAGGAACUUGAUCAGGAUCAUCACGGCAUGCAGCCGCCCCGACUUCAAGGCCCUCGUGCUCCCGUUGAUGCCCAACGGGAGCCUGGAGGACCAUCUGUAUCCUGCAGAUGGAAUGAAGAAGGGAAUGGAAUUGGAUCUGCCACUUCUGGUUGGCAUAUGCUGCGACGUGGCGCAGGGUAUGGCCUACCUGCACCACUACGCCCCGGUGAAGGUCGUCCACUGCGACCUCAAACCGAGCAACAUACUCCUCGAUCACGACAUGACCGCUCUAGUAGCGGAUUUCGGCAUAGCCAGACUGGUCAAAGGCGUUGACGAGAAUGCAGCCAACUGCGUCGAUGAGUCAGCGUCCUACGACUCCACUCAUGGCCUGCUAUGUGGAUCUGUUGGCUACAUUGCUCCUGAGUAUGGGAUGGGAAGGCAUGCUUCGCCGCAGGGGGAUGUGUACAGUUACGGAGUUCUGGUGCUGGAGAUAGCGAUGGGGAAGAGGCCGACCGACGUUCUGUUCCAGGAGGGGUCGAGCAUGCACGAAUGGGUGAAGAGCCAUUACCCUAACAAGCUCGGUCCGAUGGUGGAUGAGGCCGUUGCAAGGAUGGCGCGACGCGCCCUCACCUCCCACGAGAGGAAGGUGUGGAGUGACGUCGUUUUGGAGCUCGUAGAGUUAGGCCUAAUCUGCACCCAGUAUAGUCCUUCUGCAAGGCCUAGUAUGCUGGAUGUGGCGCAUGAGAUCACUCUUCUCAAGCACUAUGUUACUUCUUCUCCUUCGACCUUACUUAUUGAACACACUGAUUGAUUCUUUUCCUUUUUUUUUUAAUUUUUAAUUACAACACCAAUUUUGAUACAUUACACAUGAUGAUGAUCGAGACUUUUUUUUUUCUUGAUUAUUAUUGUUAUUCUCAUUUAUAAACAUUUUAGUUGGAAUCCCGAGAAGGUAUAUUUUGUUGUUCAUAUAUAUGCGUUACUAUCAGCAAAUGAGAAGCUUAAUCUUUGUUUAA